AAAUGGAAUCCCCUCCUCCUCCUCCUGUGCACGUGCACAUAAUCCACCGCUGCACCGUGCGCGCCCGUCGCAUCUGCAACUUGACUGUAACCUUCAUCUCGUGCUCUACGCCCUCACUACUCUAGACGACUUGCGAGGCGAUACAAGCGCAUGGUUCAUCGCCCGGCAGACUCGCGCCUGCUCGUCAACCUCCUCUCGCACGAAAGGGACUACUCAAAGCACCUGGCGAACCUGCUUGAGCACUCCCAGCUUUCACUAGCUUCGUUUUCGGCCUAUGCGUCUGCUUCGUCGCCACCACUCGCGCAAGCUAUUAUCACCGUAGCGGGGGCACUCUCGGGUGCGGAUGAUGCGCUGCGGAAGUAUGCGUUCUCUGUGGAAAGCUGGCAGGCCCAGCUGAAGGCUCUGAAAGAUCUCGAGGACGAAGUCGGGAAUAUCAUGCGAGACCGGGAGAUCCUUGUGACGCGUCUCAUCAAGGCGUCCAAGUCUCAGAAAUCCAGCCGCGACUCAAUAGUCGGAUCUACGCCAUCACCAUCUUCCUCUUCCCUAACCGUUCGCCUCGAGGUCCCUGUUGGGGCCAAGUUGGGUGCCGCCCAGACCGAACUGCAAGCAUGUGAGGCGCACUUAGCUACGAAGGAGCGAGAAUUGGAGGAGAUGCGCAUUAGAGCGAUUACAAUCGGGCUGCAGGCGCGGUGUAAAGCGAUGGUAGAGUGCGGCUGGGUGUGGGGAGAGAUGGGCAAGGAAGGGUUGCGGGCCUUGGAGAGCGGAGACAUGGCGACAGCGAACGGGAAUGGCAUAGGCACCCAUAUGUACCCGCACCCCUCCUCCAACUCAGAUUCCGGCCAUGCAGCGUCUGACCUCUCCUCCCUAGCACCCUCCCAGUCGGCGUCGCAACUUAACGACGGGCCCUACCGAAGCCCGUCGCCCCCACGAAAGCCGCUUCCCCAUGUCCAGGCGUACCGCCUGUCAAUCCCGCCUGCGCACUCGAUAGACGAACAUGCCGUGCCAGACGGGCGACCCAAAGGCGCACCUCGGGCGAGCUGGCGCAUCUCCGAGGUUCCAGAGCCUGACGAGGAAGCGGAGGGCGGAGGCAGCAGCGCGGACGAAGACGAAGCGGGCCUUGAAGUGCAUGAGAACGAACGGUUCGCGAAGGGCAGGCCAAACGGCAAAGGAAAGGAGCGUGAAGUGGAGAGCAGGCCAUUCUCGAUUCGUUCACCUGCCUCCGGGAACGCCAGCUUACCGCCGCCGAGUCCAUCCACGGACUCCGGAUCUUUGGGCAAGAGGGAGCGCCAUAGGAGCGGCUCAGCGAGUCUGUUUGGCCGGGCGAUCGGUGCGCUGUUCCACCGGGAUGCUAAGGAGAAGGAGAGGGGCAGUUCCCUGAGCCCUAGCAAGAGCAGUCCGAGCAAGAUCGGUGGGUGGCGCACGCGCACUGACAGUAACAUUGCGAAGAGCUCGGACGAUGAAGAGCAGACGAGGCAGCUCUACUCGACGUGGUCCCCGAACUCCGCGACUGUGCCGAAGUCAGCGCCCGUGGUGCUGGGCGCAUCGGCAUCCACGAGCUCGGUGAAUACGACUUCCAAGGGAUCCCUCUCUGGUCAACGACUCAGGAAGGCGAAGCGGAGCUCGGUACAGGCACCCCCGCGUGCCCGGGAUAAGGAGGCCACAGAGAAGGGCUGGGCUAGGCAAGGGAUCGGCGAACGGGGACGCGCCAUCGGGAGUGGCGCGAAGCAACAGAGGGUCUCUGCAUUUGCUACUUUGGAGAUGAACGGGGGCUCGGUGUCAAGGAACUCGUCCUUGUCGAGGCAGUCGAUCACGAGCGCAGCGUCUGCCCCUGCGAGGAUGCCUACGCGGUCCACAACGGUACCUGCUGUUCCGCAUUUGGCGACUGCAGCUUCGGCGCGAUCGCGUGCGAUGUCCUUGCAGCCUGCUGAAUCCUUGCCAGCUAUACCUGCUUCUACGGCCUCCUCUCAGGCCGGUCCAUCUUCUUCGGAAUAUAUGAGGGGACACCGGAGGACGGCAUCGACGUCUUCUGCUCUGCCCAAUCGCUCGGGGCUCACGAGAAGCAACGACGGUCCGAGCCUGAUGAGUAUCGUCGAGGGCGUUGCGAGGCAGAACAAAGACGCGUGGGCCGCCCAGGAUCCCAACCGGAAGCUGAUUGACGUGAGAGCGCCCCCGCCGGUGAACGAGAAUGCCGCGUUUGAGGAAGCAUCCAAGGCCGCAGAGAACCGUGCUCAAGCAGAGUCGUCAAGUGGUCAUAGUACCCAGUCUUCACCCCUGUUGCACCACGCGAAGAUGUCCGCGUCCGCUUCUGCACCGACCUUGCCUGCGUCUAGCUCAACCCUCAGGCCUCCGAUGCCGCUUCGCUCUGCCCUGCGCAAUAACAGUCGGACCCCAUCACCAAAUCCUCCCCCUCCUCUGCGAGGUGCACCGAACGACAACAGCCGAGAUGCGUCCCCGUCGCGUCCGAUGACGGCUAGCCAUGCCCCCAUCGCCCAUUCGAAACUGGCCGUAAUCGACAAGGACGAUGACGCCACCUCGAUCUCAUCGUAUGCCACUGGGCGUGAGGACUUCGACGAGGACAGCACGCCCUUAGCUGAGCACGCGCCCGAGCCAUCUCCGUUGCCCCCACCUCCGCCUCCGCACGACACGAUAGGGAGCGAUGUCUCGGGGAGUUCGACUACAACGGAGGGCGCCCCUACCCGGCGCAAGAGCGUGCGGAUGUCCCUUCCGCCCACGUUCUCUGCCACGCCACCUGCGAUAGACGAUGAUACUGAUGAGGAGGCCAGGGGCCGCCAUUCCCCGUGGGGACCUUCGGGCCAGUGGUCCACACGAAUACACGAUGGACAGGACCGCGAUAUGUGGCAGGACUCGGACGAGGAGGAUGAAGACUACAGCAGAGCGAAGAGGUUGCUGACUCGAAUGUCCAGGGGACGGACCUGAUAUAUAUCUGGGUUGCAAGCUCCGAUUCUGUCCUCAUGGUGAUAUUGAUUGUUCGGUCGUCUCGCGAUUAUGCUACACUCUACUUAAAUUCUCCCUCUGGUAUCAUUAUUUCUAUACACUCUCACUAUGGACAACGACUGUCUGAAUUGUAUGUUUUUCUCGACAUUGCACGUUACGUAAUACACGAGCGCUCCGCAGACUAAGAACGCGACUGCAGUUGAGGGCCGUCCCAGCCACAA